AUUUCGCCCUUUUUUAUGACAUCGUGUCUUUUGUUAAUAUCCUAUCUUUUCAUUCUCGUCCUCUCCUUAAGAGAAUUUAAGCAGGUCGUUGAGAACUUCUCCAGAGUCAUCGCCGCCGCCGCCGCCGCCGUCGCCGGCGGUCGCCAUGCCGCCGCCCCUUUCGGCGUCGCUGCGGCCGUAAGAUGGAACGAAACGGCGAUGCUCGUCAUUGAUAUGCAGAAAGAUUUCAUUUUGCCGGAAAUGGAAAGCCCGGUGCUGGUGGCUGGAGCGAAGGAGAUCGUCGCCAGCGUCGCCACCGCCGUCGCCUGCGCCAGAGGCCGUGGCGUUUCAGUAAUUUGGGUUGUUCGAGAGCACGACCCUUUGGGAAGAGAUGUCGAACUCUUUCGCAGGUGCUGGUACGCCGAUGGUAAAGGGCCUACUAUGAAAGGUUCUAAAGGCGCAGAACUCAUUGACGGGCUUAUGAUGAAAGAAGGAGAAUAUAAGUUAGUGAAGACACGCUUUAGUGCGUUCUUCGCGACACACCUUGAUUCUCUUCUCAAGAGUUCUGGAAUCAAGAACUUGGUUAUCGUAGGAGUUCAAACACCAAACUGUAUCCGACAAACCGUCUUUGAUGCAGUAGCAUUGGAUUACCAAAAUGUUACCGUCAUUGUUGAUGCAACAGCUGCUGCGACGCCCGAGGUUCAUUCGUCAAACAUCAGAGACAUGCAAAAUAUUGGAGUAGCAACAGUAACUUUGCAGGAAUGGUGUUGCUUGGAUGCAUCCUUGGAGAAAGCAGAGAAAAAAUAGCAAAACCAACUUUGAAGAUAUAUGGUAAAGGAUAUUUGGAAAUAUAAAUCUAGAAGUUGAGAAAUAGAGAAUAGCAUAAGAGGAGCAUACUUCAAGAGAAAAAAAUUUUUUGUUUAUUUCUUAUGGUGGUAAUGAAGGUUAAUGAAUCCAAAUGGCAAGAAAUGUUUGCUUAUUUUGGUUCUGAUAAUGUACAUCAUGAAGAACUGCCUUUUGCGACUUACCGUUAUAUAUCUGUGCGCGUUGUACAAGUAAAUAUACUUGGAGUGAGAUCAUUUACCGUAGUUAUUAACUUCUUAUAA